UGUACACGCUGGUUUCUACCGCUAGUUAUCCUCCCCUUACCGACUGCACCGCCGUACUUCUUGGCUGUCUUCCUGGUGUCGUUGUUCCUUCAUGCCAGACCUUGUUUUUAUUGCAUGAUGCUCUUAACAGCACUCUUCACAUCUUCGUGCUACUGGCAAGCGGUACCCGUCGAGUCAGCACUUACGUAUCCAAUCGGGGACGCAACGACGUUCGGAGAGGCGCUUCGUGCGAAUCUCUCCAUACCUUCUCUAGACGCAAAUUCGAACUUAACCAGCAAUACGGAUAACUUGAGCACCGAUGCAAUCGGAAGCUGGAACGUGAACCUAGAUCUCCCGCCAGUCGUCCAACUCAUCGAUCGAUGUUGGUGUAACGUAUUCUCGAGGAGCGGAUUGUUCCACCCUGGAGAUGUCGCCGCUUGGGAGAGGGAGAGUGUUGAUCAGGCGAGGAAGGCUAUCGAGUCGCAA